UAAUGUCCUACAUUUCUCUCCAGGUCUCAGUGAUUCUGUGCGCUGCUCUUGCAGAAUAUUAAUGUGCAACGAUGUUGUUGACUGCGCGUUGGACUGUGUCGAACAGUAUUAGACACCCGGAAGCUCGUCGGUUCGAAUAAAGCGACGUUUUUACGGAGGGACAUUUCUAUAUAUAUAUAUAUAUAUAUAUAUUUAAAAAAAGAGAAAACAAUGAGGCCUAAUAGGAGAAAUGAGAAGCAAGUGUCAAGUUGAGGAGUUCAACACAAAGCAGGCAUGUCUUCUCAAAUGCAGGUGUUUUCCUCUCCCUCCGUGUCCUCCAGUGGCAUGUCCCGCUCCAAGAAACUGAAGUUGGAAAACCAUGCAUGGAGCGUGAGCAGCCAGUCAAGUGAGAGCAACUACUACCAGCACAGCCCGAACCAGCUGAAUGGCUCCUCCCCCUCCACAUCUGGAUUCAACCCCAAUUACAACUCCUCCAGCCUUGUCUUUCCUUCUUCUGGAGGCUCGCGGGAACAGACAGUGCUACGUGCUGCAGACAGCACCGGCAGCGUCCCAGAGCCUUCAUCAUCCUCCUCCUCAUCAUCCACAUCCAGUCAACGUGGAAAAGAUGUGGGCUCCACCUCUCUGAGAUGUGAGGGCUAUCAGAAGCAGGGCAGCCUGAAGCGGAAGAGCGAGGAGGUUGACAGCAGCGACAGCGUGCAGAUUUUGGAGGAGCUGUCGGCUCCUGUGCUCCCCAACCGUGUGGCUGGAGGUGGAGGCAAUGCCACGGCUCAGUCCAUCGCUCAUUCCACGUCCACCACCAAAAGCAGCAACUCCCACAGUGAGGGCGACUACCAGCUGGUGCAGCACGAGAUCCUCUGCUCCGUCUCCAACAGCUACGAGGUUCUGGAGUUCCUCGGCCGGGGAACAUUCGGACAGGUGGCGAAAUGCUGGAAGCGUGGGACUAAUGAGAUCAUGGCCAUAAAGAUUCUCAAGAAUCACCCGUCAUAUGCCCGCCAGGGUCAAAUAGAGGUGAGCAUCCUCAGCCGUCUGAGCUCAGAGAACGCAGACGAGUUCAAUUUUGUGCGCUCUUACGAGUGCUUCCAGCACAAGAACCACACGUGUCUGGUGUUUGAGAUGCUGGAGCAGAACCUCUACGACUUCCUCAAGCACAGCAAGUUCAGCCCGCUGCUCCUCAAGUGUAUCCGGCCGGUCCUGCAGCAGGUUGCCACAGCGCUGAUGAAGCUGAAGAGUUUGGGUCUCAUCCACGCUGAUCUGAAGCCUGAGAACAUCAUGCUGGUGGACCCCAUCAGACAGCCCUACAAAGUCAAAGUCAUCGACUUCGGUUCAGCGAGUCACGUCUCGAAGGCGGUGUGCUCCACCUACCUGCAGUCUAGAUACUACCGAGCUCCUGAGAUCAUUCUGGGCCUUCCGUUCUGUGAGGCCAUUGACAUGUGGUCACUAGGUUGUGUCAUUGCUGAAUUGUUUCUGGGCUGGCCUUUGUAUCCGGGAGCCUCGGAAUAUGAUCAGAUUCGGUACAUUUCCCAGACUCAAGGUUUGCCAGCUGAGUAUCUCCUGAGCGCUGGCACUAAAAGCAGCCGUUUCUUCCACAGAGGCCCAGACUCCAGUUACCCUCUCUGGAGACUCAAGACCCCCGCAGAGCACGAGGCAGAGUUUGGGAUAAAGUCUAAAGAGGCUCGCAAGUACAUUUUCAACUGCCUUGACGACAUGAUGCAGGUGAACAUGACUAACCUGGAGGGCACAGAUAUUUUGGCAGAGAAGGCUGAUCGGAGGGAGUUCAUUGACCUGCUGAAGAAAAUGCUAACUCUAGACGCAGACAAGCGGAUCACGCCUACCAAGACCCUCAACCACCCGUUUGUGACGAUGGCUCACCUUCUUCACUUCCCACACAGCUCACAUGUGAAGUCCUGCUUCCAAAACAUGGAGAUCUGUAAGCGCAGGUGUACUGCCUUCGACAACAACAAGAACCUGUUUGCCAGCCACAAUACGCCCAGCGCAGCCGCCAACCUCACCGUCACCUUCAGCAGUCAACUCAAUCAGCACAGUCAGAUGGCCUCCACGGGUGGCCAGUCCCUUUCUCUUAGCAGCAACGUCCCUUUACUGAACUACCAGCCUGGUCUGUACCAGCAGGCCACUAUAAAUAUACCAGGCUUGGCUCAGCAGAGUGUGCCAUUGCAGGCUCGCCCUACUCAGCUGUGUGCCCAGACUGAGCCCUUCCAGCAAACCCUCAUUGUGUGCCCUCCUACCAUCCAGGGGCUGCAGACCUCCAAUAAACACGCUGGAUAUCCAGUGAGAAUGGACAACUCUGUACCCAUAGUGCCCCAGAACCAGUCCACCCAGCCUCUACACAUUCAGCCCAGCAUGCUCACACAGUUCCUCCACACAUCCCUCUAUCCCUUCCCCAACCAGAGCAGCAGCACGCCGCUGACGGUGGCCUCCCUGCGUCUUCCAGUGGCGGGAAUGACGCCGCUGGCUUUGGGCUCGCGCGGUCUGGAGCAGAGCGCCACCAUGCUGCAGGGCUGGCCAGCAGGGACCCAGCAGAUCCUCAUUCCCUCUUCAUGGCAGCAGAUGUCAGGCAUGGCCAUGCACAAUCCCAGCCAGCCUGUGCUGUCCCACUCACCCAUGAGCUCUCUGCUCUCGGACAACACCACCCAACAGAACAGCAGCUGGAGGGGUCGUGGAGGUCAGUGCGAUGGGACGCAGCAGGGCUCUGCACAGGGGUGUAGCGUGAGCACACAGCCCUCCCACACAAAGGCAGCCAGCAGUCGUACACAGCAGAGUGGAGUAAAGAGGUCAAAGGGUCGACAUGCUGAGAGCAGAGCCAGACCCACAUCCUCCCAGCAGCCGACUUCUUCAGUAGCGCAUAACUGUGGUGAUGUGUCCCAGCCCAUCAUCAUCUCGGACACACCGAGUCCCGCUGUCAGCAUCAUCACCAUCCACAGUGAUACUGAGGACGAGGACGACAGGAAGUUUCCUCCUGAAAGCUGUAGUGUGAACCAGCGUACAAACGUCAUCAGCUGUGUGACUGUCCAUGACUCCCAGGACUCGGACUCGUCCACCAGCACCCCUCUCAGCCCCAAAUGCCUUCCCAACUACAGUGAGAACAACACACACUCCAAGUCUCUAGCCGUGGUCCCGCCGUCAGUGAAAACACAGCUCUGGGAUGGAGCGUCAGGAGAGCAACGUACUAAUGGUUCUGGAAAGUCAAAGAAAGGAACGUCCUCACAGUCCAGCGACCGGCAUCAGAGAGCAGCAUCAAACAGAUCUCAGCCUCUCAACCUGAGCCAGGCGCAGCAAUCAGUGAUGUCAUCCCACGACCGUGCAGGGGGCGGAUCCCUGAGACGCCAGCCCACCUACCCUCCUACAGGCCCCUCCCACUCUUACAGGCUUCAUGAAGCAUCGCUCUUCGGCUCUGCCUCCAGUCUGUAUGCAUACCCUGCAUCUGCAGCCCUGGCCUCAGUGUCGCAGGCCGUGGACCAGCUGCACAAUUCAGCCGCUUCCUCCUGUUCCUCCUCCUCCUCCGGCCGGCACACACGCCCCACCGGCCCAUACUCAGCAUCUCUGAGCCUUCUGCAGAAGAACAGUGCCAUGGGCAUCAUAGCUCCGUACCAGCAACAGCAGCUCUCCACACCGUCCUAUCAGCGGCCUGCGGCGUUUCCCCUCAGCCAGAGGAAACUCAACCAGUACCGCUACCUGUGAGGAGCAGCCGUCUGAACGUGCUGUGACAUAUGGGUAAUACCAGAAUGGUGUCAUGGAUGUUUAAGUGGAAAUUUCAUUUUAGCUUCUUCUUUUAGUGUUUUAUUUUCUUUAAAGCAUUUCAGUGGAUCACGUCUUGCAUUUUAGAUAAUUUCAAACCAUGUUAUAAUCACAAAACACUGAAAUGGUUUUUAAACUAUUUCUUAAAGGUCACGUUUUUCGUAUUUUUUUUUUAAGCUUUGAUUGUGUUUACAGUGUGCAAUAUAACGUGUUCAUAUUUCGCGUGUAAAAAAACAGUAUUUUUCACACAAUUCACCUAUCGGUAUAUCGCUGUGUUCACUGUCAUAAAAACGGGCUGAUGACUUCCUUGUUUUAUAAAGUCCCUCCUUCAGAAAUACUUAACGAGUUCUGAUUGGGCCAGCGGUUCCUGUGUUGUGAUUCGACAGCAGCUGAGCGCGCACUGCCAUCCUGGAACCGCGAUUGAGCUAGUUUUGAGAUGCAAGUGGGCAGGAGCAUGUGCUGGAGAUGUAUUUAUAGUCACAGGAGCGUUUUUACUGACGAGAUGCGCAUGAAAAUCGUUACAGAAACUGUUAAACGCACCAACUUAAAUAAUAAAAUACACUUACCGGUUGUGGUCCAUAAACGACGCCUUCUCCAGACAAAGAGGGAACUGCUCCAUCUUUCAAGAAUAAUCUUUGUGUGAAUCCGGCAUUAAACUGAUUGAGAUUGAGGAAGCUGUCCUCAGCAAAAUGUGCUGCACAUAGUUUUACAUGUGGAUUAUAAUCUUCAGGAACCGAGUUAAACAUAAAUUGUAACCAUUGAUCUCUAAGUACAGCGUCCCUGGGAAGCCCAAACAAAGAUGUGACUUAUUUGACUGGACUGAUAUUAUUUUCAACAUAAUGCAAAAAAAAAUCUUAUUUUUAUUCUCAAGGUAAAAAAAAAAAAAAAUAUAUAUAUAUAUAUAUAUAUAUAUAUAUAUAUAUAUAUAUAUAUAUAUAUAUAUAUAUAUAUAUAUAUUAAUUUAAUUGGUUUAAAAAAAUAAAAAAAACGUUUAAUUUUAGUAAUACUUAUAAAACUUAUUUUAUUUUUAUUUUUUUCCUGCAAAAUCUGCUUAUGCUUUGGAUAAAAACAACCGUUAUCAUCAUCAUCAUCAUUAUUAUUAAGAUUUAAAUUAUUUUAUAUUAUUUAUUUUCUUUAAAACUGAGAACCUUUUGCCCCAGUUGAUUCUUAAUGCCAUAAUGCAAAAAUAUAAUUCUUAUUACUUUAAGGUAAAAAUUAUAAUAAAUAAGUACUUUUAUUUAAGCUUAAUUUUUUUUCUUUAAAUGUUUACGGUUUAUUUAAACCAGUAUUGUUUUAUUUUAUCCAGUAAGCAGUAUGCUAGUAUUCCAUUCUGAAUGAAGCCCAUGUUAAACAGACACCUCUGAAAAAUGUUAAUGAUAUUUCAAAUAGGCCACUUCUUUAAAUAAUGGAGGGAUGUUAUUGAAUCUGGAAAUCAGAGAAUUAAGUUCUGUUUUUUAUGUUUAAGCUGUCUUUGGGAUGUCCAUCAGCAGACUGAUUAAAUUAUAAUUGUAAACGUUUCAUUGACAUCUGCCCGAUUAUAAAAACAAAAUCUGUUGAAAUGAUACAUAAAUUGAUGUCACUCUGACAACACUAAAGCAUUCUGUUGGCAGACUCAAAUUUUAUAUUUGGGUGGUUACGUUUGCAACAUUUUUAAGUGGUGGCAGCAUGACACAGGAUGUCAUCCCUGCUGUUUAUUAGUGACAAGAAACUGAACUGAAACUAGAACCUGAAGCCAAAUUACAGGAGAAAGUGAGCUAAAUAUGGUCGCAUCCAUUUUAUAUAUCAAACUUAUGAUGAAAUAUAUUCUUAGUUAAAAUGAGAUUAUCAUUUAAAGGUCUUGUUUGCUUAAUCACAAAAUAACCAUAAGAACGUAAUUUAAAAUAAUAGUUUUCAUAUUAUGUUUUAUAAGUGACAUUUUACUACCAUAUACAUUUUGUGUCAGAGUUCUCUGUAGUUGCACACAAAAUAAGUAAGUUUCCGCUUUCGAAUUAAACUUCUGUUGUGCUUUAUUUAUUUACUGAAUAUGUGUGGACUAUUAAUGAUAUACAGUAUGUCUCUGUUUUUAUUUAAUCUGAUAAUAAUUGUGCUUUCAUUUAAAUCCGUUUAAUUCUCUUCAAUUUUGUAUUAUUAUUGUUUUUUAUUCUACUAGCAAACAUGUUUAUUAUUCGAUUUGUAUUUUAUGUGUUUUCUCCAUAGCUUAAGAGUGAAUUUGUCAGUGUGAAUUGUCAGGAUGGUUAUUUGUAAUUUGUUCUGUAAUGUUGUCAGAACAAUAUAAUGUCUCAAAGAUGAUUGUGUGUGUGUGUGUGUGUGUGUGUGUGAACUUGCCCUGUUCACACAGUGAAGUCAGAGCAGGGCCUCAUAGAUUAUCAGAAUAUUUAGAUAGCGCUUAAACAGAUGGUUAACCUGUUAGCUGUUCAUCUCUGUUGAUCUUAGAGCACUUUGUGUGUCGUUCUGAGCUUGUCUCGUAAUGUUGCUGCGGUUCUUGGCUUUGGUGCAAAGAUGGCUAUUUAUACUGUUUUAUCACCGUGUGAUGUGGAGUGCAGAGUAGAUGAAAUCACAAUAAACUUUCAUCCAGAA